UGGCACAGAGGCAGUAUAAACAAUUCCAUAUCGUGCCUGGCAAUAGUGCCUUCAAGCAUGUUCCUCAUGAGACUUCCUGCCAACUGUCUCCUUCACCAGAAGCAGUAUAGCUAUGUUGGGAUAAUUAGCACUAGAAUGAAAGCCAACUAGCCCACCUGAAGACCUAUGUGGACUCCCCUAUGCAUCUGGGUUGGGAGGCAACUGGAUCAAUAUGGCAUGCUUGAAGGUGCUGCUACUGGAGAAGGUCUGAACACUUUGGAAUCCCCAACAAAUAGUCCUCCUCUUCCUUCUGAUCAUUCUGCUUGGAAUCUCACCUGGGUCAUGAAAGACUCUUCCCCUUUCUCCCAUCACAGAGGGCAACACAUAUUUGACUGCAACUUUGAAUCAUCUUGUGAGCUGGAAUACUCUCUUCCAUUGAAAGAUAAGGAAAGCUACAAUGAGGCUUGGCACAGAGUGAGUGCAGCGGAGAUUUCCCAGCUAAACCUUUCCGGUGUACCAGAAAGAGAUUACUCUGAGGAUUCAUCAAGAGGUUCAUUUCUGUUCCUUGAUGCAUCAUAUAACAUCAACCCUGUCAUCCUGAGCCCCUGGCUGAGAAGCAGUAGUGAUCACUGCACCAUGCAAGUGGCUGUGUACAUGCAUCUCCAGCAAGAUGGGGAAUAUAUUGCUCGGAUCCACCCCAUUGAUGAAAGCAGCAGUGAAAUCCCAUUAAUCCCAAGUCAGGAGAAAAAUGGAUGGGUGCUGCUUCAGAAAAGAGUUGGACGUCUUGAGAAACCUUUUCGGAUCUCACUGGAAUAUGCAGCUAGUGGGAACAGAAGCUUAGCUGCUGUGGAUUCUUUUGCAAUAAAGAACUGCACUGCAGGAUCUCCUCCUGGUUCCAAAAUGGUCCUUGAAGGUUUCUUCAGCUGCUGGAAUGGAACAGUGAUCAAACUGAGGCAAGCAUGUGAUUUCAUCAGGGACUGCACAGAGGGAGAGGAUGAGGGAGACAUUUGCAAAAAGCUUCCUUCCAGUUUUUACUGUUCGUUUGAAGAAGGCGACUGUGGCUGGACGCAGGGCUCUUCUGCUUCUCACAUUCUUCCAUGGCAGAUUGGGAACCCGGAGUACGGCCGCUUUCCUUCACUAGAAGGCUGUGCGCUCUUGCUGAACACCAGCGAGGCACCUGCAGCAGAAACAACCGUCGUGACCAGUGCUGUGUUUCCAGCUCCAAUUAGAAACUCCCCCUGUGAGCUCCGAAUGUCAUGGCUCAUCCAUGGCUCCUUUCUUGGAAACAUUUCCCUGGUUCUUGUUGAGAACAAAACAGGAAAAGAACAGAGUAGGACGUUCUGGCACUUUACAAACAACGAAGGCUUCGGAAUCUGGCAGUGGAUGGUCUUAGCUCUCCCAGAUGUUUCAGACAGGUUUUGGUUUCAGAUCAUCACUUCAUGGGAGGAAGAAUCUGAUGCCAUUAUUGCUUUUGACAAUGUUUCUCUUAGCCUGGACUGUUAUCUAACAAUCAAUGGAGAGAAGACACCUCAAGAUACCCCUCCAGACUCAAGCAAUCUGCUCACCAGUAGAGGUGGCCAGAAAAAGAUUGGACUGGAGCACAAGAUCCUGGAGAACCUCUCGUUCGGCGCUCCUCCCACCUCUGGCCCCGCAGAUCAUUGGUUGUUCACGACGUGCGGUGCCAGCGGACCCUAUGGACCCACUCAGAGCCAGUGCAACAAUGCAUACAGGAACUCCAACCUCAGUGUGAUAGUGGGGGCCGAAGGGAUUCUCCAGGGAGUCCAGAUCUGGAGAGUGCCAGCCACCAACACUUACAGCAUUUCAGGCUAUGGAGCAGCUGGUGGGAAAGGAGGAAAGAAUACCAUGAUGAGAUCCCAUGGUGUGUCUGUGCUGGGGAUUUUUGAUCUGCAAAAAGAUGAUGCCCUGUACAUCCUGGUAGGACAGCAAGGAGAAGAUGCCUGCCCCAGUACAAACCAUGUUAUACAGAAAGUCUGCAUUGGAGAAAAUAAUGUGAUUGAAGAUGAGAUUCGGGUGAACAAGAGUGUCAGUGAAUGGGCAGGAGGAGGUGGAGGUGGUGGAGGAGCAACUUACAUAUUUAAGAUGGAGAAUGGAGAGCCAGUUCCCUUGCUAAUAGCGGCAGGAGGUGGUGGCAGGGCUUACAGGGCCAAAACAGACACGUUUCAUCCAGAAAGGCUGGAGAAUGAUUCUUCAGUUCCAGGUCUGAAUGGAAAUUCAGGAGCUGCAGGUGGCAAUGCGGCAGCGGAGAAUGACCCCGAGAUGGAUGGGGAGGAUGGUGUGUCCUUUAUUAAUCCAAUGGGUAUCUUAUACACCCCGGCACUGAAAGUGACAGAGGGGCAUGGAGAGGUGGAUAUUAAGUUACACCUGAACUGCAGUCAUUGUGAGCUGGAUGAGUGCCGGGUUGAUCUGGAGACUCAGAAAGUGAUUUGCUUCUGCGAGCCUGGGACAGACUUGGCUGAGGAUGGUGUCUCUUGCAUAGCAGGCCCAGGAGUUCAUCUCCCCCUCUCCUUGGUCUUGUCUGUAGUGACUUCAGCCCUGGUUGCUGCCCUCAUUCUGGCUUUUUCAGGGAUCAUGAUAGUGUAUCGCCGGAAGCACCAGGAGCUGCAAGCCAUGCAAAUGGAAUUACAGAGUCCUGAAUACAAACUCAGCAAACUGCGUACCUCCACCAUUAUGACAGACUACAAUCCCAACUAUUGUUUUGCAGGCAAGACUACCUCCAUCAGUGACCUCAAAGAGGUGCCUCGGAAAAAUAUCUCCCUCAUAAGGGGUUUGGGCCAUGGAGCCUUUGGCGAGGUAUAUGAAGGCCAGGUGAUUGGGAUGCCGAGCGACCCUAGUCCCUUGCAGGUGGCUGUGAAAACAUUGCCAGAGGUGUGCUCGGAGCAAGAUGAGCUGGAUUUCCUCAUGGAAGCUUUAAUUAUUAGCAAGUUCAACCACCAGAACAUUGUGCGCUGUAUUGGGGUGAGCUUGCAGGCACUGCCCCGCUUCAUCCUGCUGGAGCUUAUGGCUGGAGGGGACCUGAAAUCCUUCCUAAGGGAGACACGGCCCAGACCGACCCAGCCCUCUUCCCUUUGCAUGCUGGACUUGCUCCAUGUGGCUCGUGAUAUUGCUUGUGGCUGUCAGUAUCUGGAAGAAAACCAUUUCAUUCACAGGGAUAUUGCUGCCAGGAACUGUCUCCUUACUUGUCAAGGGGCUGGGAGAGUAGCUAAAAUUGGAGACUUUGGAAUGGCCCGAGACAUAUACAGGGCCAGCUAUUAUCGAAAGGGAGGCUGUGCAAUGCUGCCAGUCAAGUGGAUGCCGCCAGAGGCCUUUAUGGAAGGAGUAUUUACAUCAAAAACAGACACAUGGUCUUUUGGGGUACUGCUGUGGGAGAUAUUCUCUCUUGGAUACAUGCCCUAUCCUAGCAAAAGUAACCAGGAGGUACUUGAGUUCGUAACAAAUGGAGGAAGAAUGGAUCCACCCAAAAACUGCCCUGGCCCUGUGUAUCGUAUAAUGACCCAGUGCUGGCAGCACCAGCCUGAAGACCGACCAAAUUUUGCUAUAAUAUUGGAGAGGAUUGAAUACUGCACUCAGGACCCUGAUGUCAUCAACACUGCUUUGCCUGUGGAAUAUGGCCCAUGCAUAGAGGAGGAGGAAAAAGUCCCAAUGCGCCCAGAAGACCCUGAAGGAAUCCCUCCUCUGCUGGUCUCCCCACGCCAAGAAAGGAAGGAUGACAAGCAGGCCCUGCCUUCUCCACCCCCUCUGCCCACCACUGUUGCUCCUGGAAAGCCUUUGCUGAAGGUGGCAGCCUCUGAGCCACCCAUUCCUGCUAAAGUGCGCCCAGGCCUGGAAGGGGGCCAUAUCAGCGUGGCCUAUACACAGUCCAACCCAGCUUCUGAGCUUCACAAAGGCAGAGGGUCCCAAAACAAGCCCACCAACCUCUGGAAUCCAACCUAUGGCUCCUGGUUUGCAGGGAAGACGGGCAUCAAAAAUAAUUCCUUGCUGGAAAAAGAGGUGUCUGAGAGGGAGAAUUUGGGGCAUGAAGGAAACUGUACAGUGGGGCCCAGUGUGGUGACUGGCAGGCUACCAGGCUCCUCCCUGCUCUUAGAACCAUCCUCACUAACAGCUAGUAUUAAGGAAGUGCCUCUCUUUAGGCUCCGCCACUUCCCCUGUGGGAAUGUCAACUAUGGAUAUCAACAGCAGGACUUGCCCCUGGAGGCAUCAGCACCACCUUGUGCUAGCAACUACGAGGACUCUGUCCUUAGAAACAAGGGUCAUGUAGCCCAUCAAGGGCCUUGAGAGCACCCCAGAGCUCUUGACUUUCAUCCCACAUGGCCUGUGAGCCUUGAAGAGGUUAUCCGUGUUACCCACACACUGCAAGCAAAAGAGCAGACAGUGUUACUUCCCAUAUUGUGCCAACUGGCUCUAAAGUGCCACCCUUGGAAGCCGUGUUUUCCAAUAAACCAAGGGGCUUCAACUCGCAAGAGCCCCUGCUGCAAGGAGAGCGGAUAAUAAAUGUUCACUGCAAGGCCCAGCUUUCAGUUGCAUCAACUCAUUUGCAUGAUUGUUGUUGUGCCCUUUCCUGUGAGCUUCUUCUCAAUUGUGUGUGCUCUGCUUAAAUGUAAAGUCAUGACUCGCUGCUUGAGUGUUUCAUGUUUGGAGCUUUGCUUGCCAGACUAGUAACUAACUGCUAUGGAAUGGGACGUUUGGAAAUCUCCUCCAGAUGGCAGAGAGGCGAGGAGGGCUGGGACAAGCGUCACUCAUUCGAAACAAAUUGGACAAAGCAACUCUGGAUGGGAACACGAGUACGUUCCCAAGUUGCAUUACAGCUAGAGCACAGUCUUCAAAAGUCCUUGAAUAUGCAGUAUUUGCAGUAUCACUGGCAAGGCAGAGGAAAGAUGCCGGUCAUACUGGAUGGUUUGUGAGGGAGGUGGGAAGCUAGCUUAAUUAUAAGGGAAAGGGAUGAAAUGCAAAAAAAAGUGGGCAAUUUUUUUUCCAGAACCCAAAUCUUAUAAGGUACUGGCCGUUUAAAAUUCCUUCCAUCCAAAAAAGACCCAGAGCACCUCUUUCUACAAGAAUUUGUUGUUCAGUGGAAUUUGAAUGGGUCAGCAUUAGUUGAGAGAGAGAGAGAGAGAGAUGUAUAACAAGGCCUGACCAUCAGCAGUCACCAGUACUGCUCAAAGGUUUAAAAUACCCUAUAAAGGCCGAAGAUAGGAUGUUGUGUCCCAAUCUGGAUUCCAGAUACUGUUUGUAUUCCAAGGGGUUACAACUCGUUUCCAUAACACAGUAUUUGUAUGAUAGUUUAAAACACAAAGCUCCACUGAUCCAUUUUGAACACCUUGUGCAUGAAAUAUAGCUCAGUAAGUGUAUUGUCAAAUAUAGGCAUAGGAAAUGAAUUCAUGUGUAAAGAUGUGCAUUAAUAAUUUACAGUGUACUCACAAGGGGCUGUUUAUGCAGCAGUGCUGUCUAAAAAAUAAGUGGCUGUCUAUUUCCAUAGAAGUGGGUCUAUUGAGCAGCAGAAACAACAGGGAAGAUGUGGGCCUGGUUUCCUGAUCUGUCACCAUAAAGGAGCAGUUCAAAUGUUGGUUCUGGAUCCAGGCAGUGAGGUGAGUCCCCUUUCUUCAAAUGAAACAAGCCAGAACAUCCAGUUUGGUUUUGGGGGGGCCUCAGAAAUGAGGAACCAUAUUUGAUAAGGAUGGUCUAAGCCAUCGUCGCCAAACCAGAGGUAGGAUUAAACUCAUAUCCACCACUCUCCUCUUCCUCCCCUCCUGGUGGAAUAUGGCGCUAAAAGUUUGUGGAAGUUGAUGUUGAAAUUAUUCCACAUCAUUUUAAAAUGAGAUUUACACUAUGUUGAGCAGGUUUAUAUUAUACAAUAUAAUAAUUUGGUGGUUGCUUGUGUCGUCUUGAUCAUCUGCUGCUGGUAUGUUGUAUAUCACAGCUGUACAGAUUUCAUGGAUAUAACUAGGCCUAGACCUCAGGUCCUCUUUCACAUGAGCUGAAAGGAUAAUCUACAAGCUGUGCCAGCGUUACAGCUUACAGUCCUUUUCAUGGACCAGCCACUAGCAAGCGAUUCACUUGCAGACACUAAAACAUUCCCACUAGCCUAGGACCCUACAGACAACAUCCACAGGGCCCGCUCCCUCUUCAGGUUCCCCAGAUAGUGAGUUUUCCUAUUACUUUUGGUAACAGGAGCAUUUUGAAAAAAAAACCUCUAGGCUAUGAGUAGGGGGUCUACUGAACUUGCCACAAGAUAAAGUAAUUUUCACAGCGUGGUUGCAACACAAAGAACCAAUUUCAUGGGUAUUUCCCAGCAGCCCCACCCCUCAUUGCUGAUUGGUGGAGGGGUAUUGGCAUUGAAUUUCAUUUUGUAAAAGGUGGUGCCAAUACCUUUUCACUUCUCUGACUGGCACCUUCACAUAGCCUACGUCAUGAGCAAACAGGAACUCUCAAUCACAUCAUCUGUGGCUGCCGUGAUUGUCACAUUGUCUUUGUAUUGCAGUAAGCGUGGGACAUUUUAAAACAGUGUAUUAUAUGAAUAACAAGCUGGGGGCGGGGGGGCGGGUAGGUUGAUUUUGCAG